AUGAAUACUCCAAAUUAUAAUAUAUUCAGCUCCCUAAUAAAAUAAUUAGAACCUUACUAAUUUGAUGAUCCAACACUACCAUAAUGGCCAAUUUCAAGUAUAAAAUAAUUCAUACUAUCUCCUUAUUUUGAAAAUGCUUAGGAAAUAUAAAGUUCAAAUUUUGAAUUUGUUAAAAAAUAAAAUGGUCGUGUAAAUUUUAAAGUUAUAUUACCUCCAUAAACAUCACUAAAAUUUUAACUCAGACCCAAUUUUUAAGUGGUAUGAGUUUCUAAUAAAGAGAUCUUAGGAUUAGGGGAGGGAAAAUUGAUUUGUAAAACAGAACAUAGUUAUAAUGAAAUACCUUUAAAAUAACCAUGCAAUAUAUAUAAAUCAUUCGAAUUAAUUAAUUAAGGACAAAAAGAGUGUAAAAUUGGAAUACAAGUUAGUUGA